ACAAGUCGCUGCCGAGUGCCGUCUGUUGUUUACUAGUGAUGCGCCGCUCGAGAUGUUCACCUAGUUCACGUGGCUCCGUACUUCGCUUUACUCUCAUUGCUUUCGUCUAAUCAGCAGUUUACCUACGGCGGUGACGUCACGGCCCUCCGGUAUAUAUGUCACCGCGACCUCGACCGCGGCUCACUCCUCCCCGCCCACACUACAACAUGAGAGCCUUCAUAACGUUAUGUGCCUUGUUGGCGGUUGUGUCUGGUAGCGAGAUCCGCCAGAAGAGGAGUUUCUUCCACGGCCUCGGGGGCCUGAGCGCCCUGGGUUUGGACUUCACCAGCGGGUUCUCUGGCUACGGUAGCGGCCACAGCAGCGGCCACAGCAGUAACUAUGGCAGCGGCUAUAGAAGAAAUUAUGGCUACGGCACCAGCCAGAGCGGCUACGGAGUAGUGCCGAGCAAUGGAUACGGCGCCGGCUACAGCGGCGGCUACUACAGCAACACGGCGCCCGUGGCCGUGCCGUACACCACGCCGGUGCCGGCGGUCGGCUCGUACGCGCAGUCGUACGCGGCGCCGGCCGUGUACCCGGCGUCCUCGUACGCGGCCGGCGCCGGGUACGCGGCGCCCGCCACGCGGGUGGUCGCCGUCAGCAAGGUGGUGAACGUGCAGCGCGAGGUGACGGUGCCGCAGGUGGUGAACGUGCGCAGGGUCAUCACCGAGCCGAAGGUGAUCACGGUGAAGCAGGUGGUGCCCUCUGCCGGCUACUCGGGCUACGGCGCCGGCGCGCCCAGUGUGUACGCGCGCGACUUCUCCGGCGCGUACUCCGCCGAGUACUCCGGGGAGUACGGCGCCGCCAGCACCGCCAGCGCCGGCGCCGACAGCAGCCAGGCCGGCUGGUGGUGAACACGCGCAGAUACUGAUAUGUUAUCUUUGUGUUAAGUUUUAUUAAUGACUUCUAAUUAAAUACAAUUGUUUAUAUAAUACACAAA